AAAAUCUUUCCUUUGGUGAGUUGUGGUGCUUCAGCAGUUGUGUUACUCUCCAGUCUAAGCUAAAUCGUGCCACUCACUGACAGACUAGAAAGGCUCCAGUGCUUCAGACACACCUGCUAAAUCUGCACAUUGAGGAAAAUGUUUCUUCAUCUUAUUGUAUUACUAAUUCCUGUUGUGACUGCUGCUUGCAAGAAGGAUGUACUGAACAUGUGUAUGGAUGCCAAGCAUCACAAAACUGAGCCUGGACCUGAAGGGAAUCUGUAUGGGCAGUGUACCCCCUGGAAGGAUAAUGCAUGUUGCACUACGAACACCAGCUCAGAAGCCCACAAAAAUGAAUCAUACCUGUAUAAUUUUAACUGGAAUCACUGUGGGGCAAUGUCUGAAAAAUGCCUGAAGCACUUCAUACAAGACACAUGCUUCUAUGAGUGUUCUCCCAAUCUAGGGCCAUGGAUCAAUGAGACUGACACCAGCUGGCGUAAAGAGCGCAUCACAGAUGUACCUCUGUGUCAAGAGGACUGUGACCAGUGGUGGGAUGACUGCAAGAAUGACCAAACAUGCAAAGAGAACUGGCACAAGGGCUGGGACUGGACAACAGGUACCAACCAGUGUCCUAAAGGCACUCAAUGCAGGCCAUUUACAGAAGUGUUUCCUACGCCAUCAGAUAUGUGUGAAAAGAUAUGGAGCAAUUCUUACAAAUACACAACUUAUAAACGGAAAAGCAACAAAUGUAUGCAACUUUGGUUUGAUAAAGGUCAGAAUCCCAAUCCUCCAGUUACGAAGCACUAUGCUAUCCAAAUGGGUCUUAUUGAUGGUGCCUCAUCAGUUCAACUGAUGAUUUCAGCCAUCCUGGGCAUACCACUUUUGGUCCUUCUGUUGAAUCUGGAGACUUUUUAACCAAACUUGGAAGAAAAUAAUGUCACCGUCAUCAGUAAAGGAGCAUGUACUGUGAAACUGCCUCAUACACUGUGCCAAGUCAAGUACUAUUCAGUUACCCACUAUGCAACUGCCUUGUUGCCAUUGGCUCAGCUCAAUGGUGUACAAAGUGAAUUGUUUUCCAAUAUAAUCAAUUGGAAUUGUUUUGUGACCUUACAAACUGAAAUUUCUAGCAAACUGAAUGUGAAAACAACUGUGAAGUGAAAAAUAAACAUGUAUACCAUGCUUACUUCAAGAAAUUUCAAUCUGAAGAAUAAAACAAAAAAUUAAAUAUU